GUUUACUGAAUCAGCGUUUCUCCUGUAAUAAUGUCAAUGAACCCCCGCCAGGCCAAAAGAUAUUUUUAUUGCCAAAAAUAACGCUAAUUAUCGGUAGCGAGCGUAACUCCGUUUAGGAAUAGGACAGCGCUUAGUAUGUUUGCGUAGCGAGCGGGAAAGAGCGGCGGGAAAGUGACGGUGGAUGCGAGCGGAGCAGAGGAAAAGCUUAGCGUUUUCACUACAAGGUGAGGUGGCAGAGGACCGCUGGGAGGGAGGUUUCCAAAGCUGCUGUUUCCUCCUCCAUCUUGUCUUCCUCCUCCGUCAGGUAGAUCACCUCCUGGAAAACCCACCUGGCGGAUGAAGACUCAGCUCCAGAAUAUUGAGCUGAAGUCGACCAAACAAUCUCUUCUGUGACAACCGAGCCAACUAAAUCUGCUGAUGAAGACCAUGGGAUACGGUCAAAAGCCCCAGAACAAAGGAGAAAGUGGACCUUGAGUUGAGAUUAUUUUGCCAGGAUUCAACACGACAUGAACAUCAGCAGCAGCAGCUGGAUUUCACUCUUCGGGGUUUUGGUUGCUGCUUGUGUCGUCCAGGCGACUUAUUUUUAUCACCCAAAAUGCAAAUGCAAUGGCAGAGCUCGGUACUGCAUGUGGGGCGACAGCGGUCUGCAAUGCGUCAACUGUCAGGGAAACUCUGAAGGCCGCGAAUGCGAGCGCUGCAAGGACGGAUUUUACCAGGAGAGGGCAGCAGUGAGCUGCACGCCCUGCAACUGCAACACAACAGGUUCUGUCAGCGCUACGUGUGACAGCAGGGGGCGCUGCAGCUGUAAGGAAGGAGUCACCGGAGACAAAUGUAACAGCUGCCCCGACGGACCGAUCGGACCAGACGGCUGCCGGCAAAGACGUCAGCCCAGAGAGGAUGCUGGGAGUCAGAGUCCACCGUGUUUCUGUUACGGUCACAGCAGCCGGUGUUCUGCACAGUCCGGUUACUCCGCCUACAACAUCACCACCACCUUCGCCGACGGUCCCGAUGGUUGGCGGGCGGCGACGGCGCACGGCGUCACCCCCCACGAUGUCCACUUUCGCUGGUCACCAAAACACCAGGACCUGGAGGUGAUCUCCAAAAACAGCCUGCCGGUUUACCUGUACGCACCAGCUCCUUACCUCGGGAACCAGUUGCUAAGUUACGGUCAGAAGUUCAUCUUCUCGUUGCGUCUGGACCGCGGCGUUCGACACCCGUCCACCAACGAUGUGAUCCUGGAAGGAGCCGGCGGCCUGCGGGUCUCCGCCUCGCUGGGUGACCUGCGCUCCAUCGUCCCCUGUGGACAGAAGAUCACCUACAGCUUCAGACUGGACGAGCGGCCCGGCAGCAGAUGGAGGCCUCAGCUCUCCUCCUUCCAGUUUCAGACGCUCCUCCAGGACAUCACCGCCAUCAAGAUACGAGCCACGUUCGGAGAAAACGGACGCGGUUACCUCGACAACGUGAAGCUGGAGUCGGCUCGGCGGGGGUCCGGCGUCCCCGCCGGCUGGGUGCAGACCUGCACCUGUCCUCAGGGAUACGAGGGUGAGUCCUGCGAGCGAUGCGCCGCGGGUUUCAGACGUACGACCCCCGCCGACGGAGCCUUCAGCUCCUGCGAGCCCUGCAAUUGCAGAGGAGGCAGCUGCGACCCGCAGACGGGAGACUGUUACUCUGCUGACGAGACGCCGGGCGAUCGGAGCUGCUCGGAGGGGUUUUACAGAGACCCGCUGCCUCAAGCCUGUGUGAAGUGUCCCUGUCCGGAGGGAGUGUCCUGCUCGCUGCCCGCCGGAUCACUGUCACCCCGCUGUGACCUCUGCCCCCCCGGAACCACCGGCUCUCGCUGUGACGUCUGUGAGGAGGGGUUUUACGGCGACCCCGGGAGGGGCGACAGCGUGCGGCGGCCCUGCAGACCCUGUCAGUGCAACGGACACAUCGAUGUCAGCGUGGCGGGAAGCUGCGAUCGCAACAGCGGCGAAUGUCUGAAGUGUGUGAACAACACGCGGGGACGGAGCUGCGAGACGUGUCGGCCGGGUUUCUACCACAGACGACCGACCGACGCCUGCAAACCGUGUGACUGCGACGUCGUCGGAUCUGAGUCGCGACAGUGUGAUGAUUCAGGUCGCUGUCAGUGCAGACCGGGCUUCGAGGGUUCAAGGUGUGAACGGUCCAACUGUCCCGCCUGUUUCAGCCCCAUCAAAGUAAAGAUGGAGGCCUACGCUGCCAAACUGAAGGAGUUACAGAGACUGUUCUCAGAGAUGGACGGAGGUUUGAAACCAACCAACAGCGCCGAGAUGGAGGCGACUCUGAGAGCCAUGGACGAGCUGGUGAACGACAUGCAGGACAGCACCGAGCAGCUCACAGAAAUGGAGGAGGAUCUGAAGGCUCAGCUGUCGUCCAUCAGCCGGAGUCAGCUGACCGUCGGGCAGGACAUCCAGAACAUGGCCAACGCCGCGGACGACAUCAAACAACAACAGCAGACGUACAAGACGAAGGUGGAGACGGUCCAGACGCUGACGGAGGAGAUGAGACGGAAACUGGAAGAGGCGAAGACCAAGCUGCAAUCAGCUGAGUUUCCUCUCGGAGAUGCUCCGCUGGGUUCAAACUUCCUCUCUUCGUUGGUGCAGACAGCGAUGAGCCUUGCCGAUAAACAUCAGACGAAGGCGGAUGCGGUGGAGCGAAGCGCCAACGAGGCUCUGAGCGACUCAGAGAAGAGUUUGUCUCUGGUCCGAACGCUCAUGAACAAAGAGAACAAAGUCAAAGAGCUGAUUGGAGAUCUGAAAACCACGUACGACCAGAUCUCGGCUCAGGCGAAGGGCUUGGAGAACCGGGCGACCCGUCUUAGCGGCGAGGCCAGAGACGAGAGCAAAAUGGCUGACGGCAUGCUGAAAGACAUCGCCAACAUGGAGCGAGACGUCCCGUCACCCCUGAAGGAGGAGUUGGACGCCAUGGUGACCAGGUUGGAUGGUCUGAAGGAGGCAGUGGAUGGGAGCAUCCUGGGAUACGAGGCGCUGCAGGACAGUGUGCAGCGAGACAAGGCCGCCACUGAGAACCUGCUGGCUAAAGGCAAAUCCGCCCAGCAGGAGUUCGACAAGCUGCGGGACAGAGUCGAUGUCGCCAAGGUCAACACCGAGGGCGCUCUGCAACGCAUCACUAACAACAUGGGCGAGCUGGACGACGCCCUAAACACCCUGAAAGGAUUCGACCAGCAGAUUGACGGCAGCAGGUCUCUGGCUGAUGCCGCCAUCGAGCGUCUUCCCGCCAUCAACGCCACCAUCCAGCAGGCCGUCAACAACAACGCAGAGACACUGUCCGUCUUGGGAGAUGUGUCUGAUGACUACAACAACGCACUGGGAACAAUCAACCUGCUGGAGAACCUGGUCAACAGUCUGGAGGGAACAUUCGGGUCUUUGCCGUCCCACGCUGGUCUCGCGAAUGAAGCCACCAAACUGAACCAGGAUGCAACAGGUCUGAGGGGGGACGCGGCCACUACAGCUAGAGAUCUGGCUUUUGAGCUGAACAAUGCCAGGGGGCAGGAGGCUGACGCUCAGGAGGCUGCUGUCGGAGCGGCUGCAGCUUUCAACAACGCCAGAGACGCCAAAGACGCUGUGGGAAAAACACUACGAGACAUCAGCAGCAUGCUGGCUAACAUGAACAAACCCGGCGUUGUGGACGAGUCACAUCUGAAGCGGCUGGAGGACUCUCUGGCCAACGCUCAGAGGGACGUGGAGGGCCAGCUGAGGCCUCGGCUGAGAGACAUGGAGGACCAGGAGGCCGCCCAGCGACGCCGGCUGCACGGCAUCAACACGGACAUCGACACCAUCCUGGGAGACAUCACUAACCUGGAGGACAUCCUGAGGGCCAUCCCCAAAGGCUGCUACAACAGCCCGCCCAUCGAGGAGGCCUGAGAGCCGCAAGCGUGACGCAGAGUCCAUGUCCAUCACACCAACACCUGGAUCCACCUGCUGCCAUAAAAACACACACCUGGUGCAAAAACUGUUUGAUUUUAGCAAGUCAAUGAGAAGGACAGUGAGUUUUUGAGUGACGGGUCUGUAGACAUUAAUGAUGAUGAUGAUAAUAUUAUAUUAUUUAGGGCUGCAAUUAAUGUUUAUCUUCAUUAUUAAUUAAUCAGUCAAUUAAUCGAUUAGUUGUUUGGUCCAUAAAAUAUAUCGAUCACUCAACUAACCAAUUAAUCAACUUAUCGCUGCAGCUCUAAUAUUAUUAUAAAGAUAAAUAUGUAGAAUGAUAUAUGAUUAUUUAUUCAGUCUUUAACUGAGGAAAAAAUCACAUUUUUGUUUGUUGUCGAUGUUCAGAAGUGUCGCCGUCUGGUGGAAAACGUGUUUAAGGAACGAAGAAGUUUAAGCUUUAGUUAACUUUUUAGUGACUUUUAGUCUCUAGAAAAAACACUGCAGCCUACAUUUCCCAUAAUGCAACUCAACAUUGUCUUUCAUUAUUAUAAUAAGUCCUCGUACUUCCACUUAUCUUCAAGAAAAGUGCCUAAACCACAUUAACAUUUUCAUUUUUUAAAUAAAUCUGAAUCUUGUCAAAUUAAAUUUACUUUUUUAAGUUUCUUGUGUUGGACGUUACAUGGUUUUCACUGGUGGAGCAGUGGAUUUACCAGGUUUGGUGUUUGAAAGAAAUGUCGAAGCCAAUCAAACAAAAUCUCACUGAGAUUCAGUUGCAACAGACAGUUUGACCUGCUAAUGUUUUAAUAAUCUGAUGUUGAAUUGUUGCACACAUUUACUGAUGAUAUUUAAAAUAACAAAACACUGCCUCCUGCUGGCUGUUUGGUGUACAAACACGCUGCUUUAUUUCAAACCUAUAUCUAACUUUUAACUGGAUGUCUUGUGUGUUUAUGAAACUAUUCUUUGUUGUUGUGAAGAUGUGUGUGAGUCGUUAUUAUACUGUUCUAUUUAUAACUGUACAUACAGUAUUUGCUUUUACCAUGUUUUAAAUUCUGUUUUUACUUGUUGACUGGCAGAAAUAUUUAUACAGAAUGAAUCUACGCUGCCAUUAAAUAAAACCUGCUGCACUUUUCUCAUUAA